AUGAGCAGAAUAGAGAUCUUGAACCUUGCUGGUCUCCGACACGACAACAGGCGUCCGUUCGAACUGCGUUCCCUCUCGUGCGCGCUUGGCGUACACCCGCAAGCGGACGGGAGUUCGCAGGUCUCGCAGGGUCUGACGACGGUGCAGGCGGCUGUGUUUGGACCGAGGGAACCGAAACAGAAGGCAGGUGCAGCGCACGACAAGGCCAAUGUUGUCGUUGAGGUCGGCGUCGUGCCGUGGGCGCAGGGACAGGGGCAGGGUCGGGGACGGACACGGGGUGACAAGCGCCUGCUCGAGAUUGGAGCUGCCAUUCGACAGACCUUCGAGCCCGUGAUCCAGGUCGGGCUGUACCCGCGCUCCGAGAUUGCAGUGCAGGUGCAGGUCCUGCAGGCUGAUGGCGGUAUUCUGCCCACAGCGAUCAAUGCAGUGACGCUCGCGCUCAUCGACGCCGGCAUCGCGAUGCACGACUACGUCACCUCCGUCUCUGUCGGACUGCACUUGACGCAGGCGCUGCUGGAUCUUAGCGCACCGGAGGAGAACGACCUGCCGUCGCUUGUGGUCGCGAGCCUGCCGAACAGCGGCAAGAUUACGCUCGCGCAGAUGGAGACGAGGCUGCACGUCGACCGCUUCGAGGUGAUGCUCCGUCUCGGCACUGAGGCGUGCAAGGUCAUCAAGGACGAUAUGGAGCAGGUCGUCAAAACGCGCACGGAACGGGUCGUCGACCGCAUGUCCGUUGCGACGAGGACUGUGGCAGUGGAGGCGUAG